AUGGAAGCUAAGCUAACCCAGCUAGGACCUAACCCUAUUCCACUCCCUAGUCCUCUCCUGGAUGUCCAGUCACAGGCAAAUCGGUCUGGGCCCUCAUCUUUACAAAGACAUGGCUCCAAUGUGGCAUCCCGAAUCAAGCCACACUUGACGGGAAACUCCCAGUCACACACCAACCCGUCCUCAAAGAUACAGCUUCGUCCCAUCAUGAAAGUCCAAGCAACGUCUAAAUUCUCCAGAACGUUCAGCUGGGGCGACUUUUACUCAAACAUCAAAACCGUCAAACUGAAUUUGCUGAUAAUGGGCAAGAUUGUGGAUCACGGGAACGGCUCUCUUGGAGUCUACUUCCGCCACAACUCCACAGGUGUUGGCAACGUGUCCGUGAGCCUCGUCCCACCGAUGAAAGAGGUGGAGUUUGAUCUGGAGCGUCAAAGCGUGGUCAACCCCAAAGACUCGAAGACGUUCAACUGCAGGGUGGACUUUGAGAAGACAGAACGCAACAAAAAGGUGAUGCUGUGUAACUAUGACCCAUCCAAGACAUGUGCUCAGGAGCAGACCCAGAGCCACGUCACCUGGAUGUGCUCCAAACCAUUCCAAGUCAUCUGCAUCUACGUGUCUUUCUACAGCACUGACUACAGACUGGUACAAAAAGUGUGUCCAGACUACAGCUACCAGAACCCAGCAUCCUAUCUGCCAACAGGCUAACCAGACGUCAAGGACACAAGUGUAGGGCAAUGUUUCAUUAAAUCCACAAAGAAUAAAUCCAGUGUGAGCAGCUAAUAACUGGUCUGACGGACGUAGGUUUUUGAAAGGAAGUUUAGCUUUACUCUAGAGAAUAUGUUUAUCUUAUUGAUCAAUUACUUUAAAGUAGCUUAUAUGUAUUUGGAGCAAUAUCUUACCUGUUGUAGACUACAAGAGUUGUAUCAGACUGGUUUUGUGAAAUGCAUAUAAUCAGGGCUGCAACUAACGAUUGUGUUCAUUAUCGAUUGAAGUGACAAUUAUCGUUUAAUCUUUUGGUUUUAUGAAAUGACAAAGUUGCAAAAAAAUGCUCAUCAUGACCUUUACUAUCACAUAAGACAAGGCUGGAGCUAGGUAAUGUUUAGCAUUUUAUUAUAUUUAUUAAAGACGUGAGCGAUCAAUCAAUCAAGUCAUCCGUUUUGUUCUACACAUACUUCAUCCAAUAACACUUUGUGUGAACUAGAUAAUAGCACGUUUUUCUGUUUGUAAGGGCUAAUAUAUCAUCACUCUUU